CAUAUUUUUAAAUCAAUUUUAGUUUUUGGCUGCCAUCAAUUCUCAUAAAAAAAAGCCAGGUAUAUAUGUAUAUAUUAUAUAUUAUAUAAUAUAAAUGUUACAUAAGGUUUAUAUAUUGCUUAUAUAUAUUCUCUUUCUCUAAUCUCUAUAAUAUAUAUAUAUUUUAGAUUGGAGCUUUCACUUGGUGGUUGGUUUGCUUUUUUUUUUUCACUUGGUGAUUGUGAUAUUGGACAAUUGGCGAUAUUGAAUUUAUAAUAGCAACAAAUACCAGGUUCUUUUGUUCCUUUAUUCACUUCUAAUUUAAUUAUUACUCUCUUGAUUGUUCUUUGAAAUAUUAUAUUAGUCCUUUUUUUUACUAUGCCUCCCAAUAUUAGAAAACAUGAGUCUGGGUAUGAAAAACGUAAGAAAAAGAAAAAAAUUGAGGAGUUAACUCAAUCUCAAAAAGGAGCUCUUGAUAAAUUUAUUAUAAAAGAACCAUUAGUUUCUUUAAAAAAUCAUAAUUAUGACAUUGUUGAUGUUGAAAUUCUUGAAAAUGUGGUUCCUAAUGAAAAUGUUAGUAUUGAGAAUCAAAAUGAAAGUGUUGAUAUGGAAAGUAGAGGUGAUGUGUCUAUUGAAAAUGUUAAUGUGGAAAAUAAUAGUGAUGAGUCAUUUAAAAAUGAUAAUAUGGAAAAUCAAAAUCAUAAUACUACAAAUAGUGAUGAUGAUCAUUUGAAUAAUUCACUUAAAAAUGAAGAUGUUUUAGAGGAUAAUGAUGAUAACAAUGCAGAGCAAUCAAACCCAUUUGAACAUUUGCUUGAUAUAUUUGAUCCAAGAAAUUGGGAUGCUCUUGAUUCAAAAAUGAUUGAUUUAUUAGUGUUGAAGGGUCCAAAAAGAGAUUAUUCUGUUAUGAGUGGUUCUAAAACUAAAUUUUCUAGACGAUUCACUGCUAAUUUGUAUCCUAGAGUUUUAUCAAAUGGAGAGAAGUGUGAUCGAGAUUGGCUUGUUUAUUCAAAAGAGUUAGAUAGAGUAUUUUGUUUUUAUUGUAAAGUUUUUAAAAGUGGGAUUGGUAGAGGCAUGUUAACAAAUGAAGGCUUUAGUGAUUGGGCGCAUAUUGGUGAAAGACUUAAAGAGCAUGAGAUUAGCAUGGAACAUGUUAAAUAUAUGACCACUUGGUAUGAAUUGCGUCUAAGGCUUAAAAAGAAUCAAACGAUUGAUAAAACUACUCAAAGGCUAAUUGAAAAAGAAAAAGAUCAUUGGAAAAAAGUUUUACUAAGAAUUAUUUUAAUAGUGAAAUUUCUUGCUAAACAUAACUUAGCCUUUCGUGGUUCUAAUGAGAAAUUGUAUCAAAAUAGUAAUGGAAAUUUUUUGGGCUUAAUUGAAAUGUUAGCAGAGUUUGACCCUGUUGUCCAAGAACAUGUUAAACGCAUCACAAAUGAUGAUAUUCACAAUCAUUAUCUUGGACAUAACAUCCAAAAUGAGUUAAUACUUUUGCUUGCUUCUGCAAUCAAAACUGAAAUAAUUAAAAAAGUUAAACAAGCAAAGUAUUUUUCUGUGAUACUUGAUUGUACUCCUGAUGUUAGUCAUCAAGAGCAGAUGUCCUUAAUAUUGAGAUAUGUGGAUGUUUCUUCACAUUCGGUUAACAUUGAAGAAUCUUUUUUAGGAUUUUUAAAUGUGAAUGAUGCAACUGGUCAAGGACUUUUUGAUGUUUUACAAAAUGAGUUGAAAAAACUUAAUCUUGACAUAUUUGAUGUGCGAGGACAAGGUUAUGAUAAUGGGUCAAAUAUGAAAGGAAAACAUCAAGGUGUACAAAAAAUUUUUUUAGACAUAAAUCCAAGAGCCUUUUAUACUCCUUGUGGAUGUCAUAGUCUUAAUUUGACAUUAUGUGACAUGGCUGAAUCAUGUAGUAAAGCUAGAGAUUUUUUUGGAGUUAUCCAGCGCAUAUAUACGAUUUUUGCCAAUUCUACUAAAAGAUGGCAAAUUUUGAAAGAUAAUGUGAAAGGAUUGACUCCAAAAUCAUUGUCAUCCACUCGUUGGGAAAGUCGUGUAGAUAGUGUUAAAGCUAUAAGAUUUCAAAUAUCAGACUUUAGAGAAGCUUUACUUGAAGUGUCAGAAAAAGAUGAACUUGAUUCUAAAAUAAGAAGUGAAGCAAAAUCCUUAGCAACAAAUGAGCUUGGAGAUUUUGAGUUUUUAAUAGCAAUUAUUAUUUGGUUUGAAAUAUUAUCUGCUAUUAAUUUAGUUAGCAAGCUUUUACAAUCAAAAGAUAUGCUUAUUGAUGUUGCUAUGGAAAAAAUAAAAGGGUUAAUUUAUUUUUUUGAAAAAUAUAGAGAAACAGGUUUUUAUGAUGCCUUGAAUAGUGCUAAGGAAAUUGCUAUUGAUAUGAAUAUUGAUCCAAUUUUUCCUCAAAGACGUACAAUUAGAAGAAAAAGACAAUUUGAUGAGAAUUUGAAUACCCUGUCUAUUGAGUUAUCAGGAGAAGAAUUUUUUAGAAUUAAUUAUUUUUUUUACCUUGUUGAUCAAGCCAUUGUUUCUCUUACUAAGCGAUUUGAACAAUAUGAAGAAUAUGAAAAUAUUUUUGGUUUUUUGUUUACUUCUGAUAAGCUCCAAUCAUUAGACAAUACAUGUUUGAAGUCUUGUUGUAGUCAUUUUGAAAAGACAUUGAAACAUAAUGAACAAUAUGAUAUUGAUGGAAAUGAAUUAUAUGUGGAGUUAAAGUUAUUAAGAGAAAUCUUGCCUAGGGAAAAAAUGAGAGCUAUUGAUAUAUUGAAAUUUUUGAAAGGCGUAGAUUGUUUUCCUAAUACAAUUAUUGCGUACAGAAUUUUAUUGACUAUUCCUGUGACAGUUGCUUCGAGAAGAAGUUUUUCGAAAUUGAAGUUGUUGAAGUCCUACCUGCGGUCUACCAUGUUACAAGAAAGACUUAAUGGAUUAGCAUUGAUCGCGAUUGAAAAUGAUGUUUUAGAAACUGUAAAAUAUGAAGAGAUGGUUGAUCAAUUCGCUUCAAAAAGUGUGCGAAGAAUGACCUUUUUUAAAUAG